AUGAGUGGGAGAGGUCCGCGGCGCCAUAGAUCAUCAAGUCGACAAUCGCGACACGAAUCGUAUAGCGAUCGACGCGAUGACUACAACGAUAGAGAUUACUAUAGAGAGAGACGGGACUAUCACGAACGACAUCGAGAUCGAUACGAGUCACACUACGACAAUAGACCACGAGACAGAUAUGACUCACCAAAGAGAAGGUAUUAUGACAAAGAAGACCGAUCGCCUCCUCGUCACGACGAGCGAAGGAAAGCAAGAAGUCCGUCACUCUCGCCACUUGGGAAAAAGAUCAAGAGUAGAUGGGACGAACAACCCGUUGCAGACGCUUCACUGCUCCAACAACAGUUGAAUGUACACCAAGAGAAAGGGAGCAGACGGGUGUAUGUUGGUAACAUUAAUACGACAACAACUGAACAAGACAUCGUCGAGGCUUUUAAUGACGCGAUGAGGCGAGGGGACUAUGUAGAUAAGAACGACAAGAGUGACAUUAUUGUGAGUACGGAAGUGAACUACGAAAAGUCGUAUGCGUUCAUCGAGUUCAGAACAUUUGACCAAGCAGUUAAAGCACUUUCCCUUGACGGACUCACUAUCAAAGGAGCAUCAGUGAAGGUCAGAAGGCCAAAAGACUUCAAUCCAGUACUCCCAUUCAUUAGCAGUUUGUCACAACUGAUGGAAGUUGGAACAACAAAACCCCGAGAUGGCGUGAUGUAUAUGGGGAACAUUCCACUUCAAAUGUCCGACGAACAAAUCCAGAAGAAACUUGAGAACUUGAACCCAUUGAAGAAGUACGUUGUAGUGAGAGACCCGAGUCUGGGUGCGCCACAAGGGAAAUGCUACUGUUUGUUUGAAUACCAAAACCCUGAAUACAAAGAUAAGGUCCUUGCGUUCAAUGGUAUUAUACUUGGUGGUGACAAAAUUGAAGUGUGUAGUGGGUUGGAGGGGUUUAAACACUUCCCGACUGCUGCUUUGAAUGAGUUGUGUAUGAAGAUGUUCCCCCAAAGAACGGAUAUCAUCACGGCAACACUACUGAACUCGAGUGUGGGAUAUUCGGAUGUGUUUGAACGGGUGCUUCAUAACAGUGAAGACUUGAGUCAAUACGAGUGUACCAGAGUUAUUGUGUUAUUCAACAUGUUCUUUCCCGAAGACUUGAAUAAUGAACAGAGAUAUAUUGAACUUGUUGAUGAUAUAAGAGAAGCGUGUAUUGCAUACGGGGAAGUUAUUUCUAUUAGUAUUCCAAGGCCUACAGAGACGAAUAAAAGACCGUCAGGAAUAGGAAGAGCCUUUGUCGAAUUUAAAGACGUUGAGAUGGCUAAAACGUGUUGGAGAGAAAUAGUGAAGAGGAGGUACGAUAAUCGCCAGAUCGUUGCUGGAUUUUACAGUGAGAGUAAGUACAACAGCCGAUCAUUUGGGUAUGUCACUGAGGAGAAAGAAGAUGAAGAAGAGAGAGUUGAGAAGGCAGAAAAGAAUGAACAACCAACAACGGAUUUAAAUAAAGAAGUCCCAAAACAAGACGACCUUUUUGUGCCAACACAGAACUCAUUGAAUCUAAUGGAAGAAGAGAAGAAAGAAGCAAAAGACGAGAAAAUCGAAGAACAUGAAGAUUUUUCACCCACAGAGAAAAUGGAAGAAGAUUUAAAGAACGUCGAGAGUGUGAUAAAGACUGAUUUGUGUCACAUGAAACAGGACAGUCCAAAAGUUUUAGAAGACAACGUUCAAAUAGAAGAAAUUACAUCUGAGAAACAUGAAACAAAAAUGGUCGAGGAAUGUAAACAAGAGAGUCAAGGACCAAAUGAGCUCUGUGUGAAUCAUCACGAAGAAGAUGAAGGCGAUGCGUUUGAGGCGAUUAAUGAUUUCAUUCAAUCCCCAAAGAAGUGA